ACUCCCCUCUCCUCUCAUUUCAUGGCACUUUUUUCUAAAAUACUAACUCAGACUGAUAUCGAUAAAAGACUGGCGAUCCCAACUAAGUUCAUGAGGCAGCAUCUGCCAGAAUUUCCAGGGGGCACACUAAACUUGAUGGUCGAGGAUGUGCGCGGACAUGACUGGUCCUUUGGCUAUAGCAUUCGUAGAGAAGGCCACCCGAAGCCUGUUCUCCAAGCGGGUUGGCUCGAUUUCGUCCGCGACAAUUGCCUCACUCCAGGUGACAGAAUCACAUUUUGGCAAGACCAAAAUGCUGCCAACGGUCCACGGUACAAGAUUGCAGCAGAAAGAAAAAUCAAAUUGCUUGGUCGAGAAUUCUACGCGGCAGUCUGAAUUAAAUACGCAAAUUAAGCACAUGAAUGCCUACAAAUAAUUAAGAAAAUGGUUUGCUUUAAUUAUUGUUGCGGUAUACAUGUAAGUUUGCUCUGAUUAUUCUUGUGGUAUACAUGUACUCUUCGUUUAAUUUAGGUGUGAACUCUCUUCUUUUUAUUUUUCUAAAUGAUGGCGUAUAGUCUUCAAAAAAACAAUUUGAUUUGA